AACAGCUGAUGCCAAUGACAGGCUGCUCACAUAGCACAGGCCGUCCAACAGGGCUAUAGGUUUACAUGGGCUGGUUCUGCAACAUCUACAGUUCCAAGCACAGCUCCGGUCCCAUCCCCUUCAACGGCUGCCGCCUGCUCUGCCUUCCCCACCACUGAUCUGAUCCUCCGCCAUCGGAUGUGGAAGCAUGCUCACGGGUGAGCAAUUGAACGAAACCAAAAUUGACCUCGGCGAGGAGCAAGGGCAGCCAGAUCAAAAUGUCCCAGCAGCAAAAGAACAGAUUUCAGCGGUGGAGGACCGGGAUCCCAGAGGCAUCAAUGCCCACUUAAAGGUGAACUUCGAAGAUGUGAUUGCAGAACCUGAUUCGGUGCACAGUUUUGACAAAAUCUGGAUUUGGAGCGACGCCUUAUUCGAAGUGUCCAAAUUAUGGUGCUACAGAAUCAUUUCUGUUAUCUUUGCUGUGCCCGUGUCUUUGAUCUCUGGAAUUAUCUUUGCUAUUUUAAGUUGUUUGCACAUCUGGUGCGUCAUGCCCUGUAUCAAGAACUGCUUGAUGAACAUGCCUUGCAUCCAGGUCAUCUGGGGAACGAUUGUGGAUGUAGUCAUUUCUCCUUGCUGUGAAAGUAUGGGGAAAUGUUUCAGUGGCAUCAACCUGCACAUUGCAAGAGAUUAAAACUCCUGACAACUGCAAGUGGUCGAUCCAAUGGACCUGACAGACUGGAUUUUACAUCAUUAUUCUGACUGGGGUGCGUCACUGUACAGAGCUGGUACAAAGCUGUAGAUUCUAAUGCAUUUGCUCCUCUCGCUGAAUACCCUGUGCCUGGGCAUCUUCAAAAUGCUCCAUUUCAAUUGUAGCUUUUGAAUUUUCUUUUGUAUUAAAUAAAUUGUGCAAACGUGCAACUUCAGGCAAACUUGAAAAAAAUGAAGUCAAAAUUGCAAUGUAUGCAAUUAUGUAAGACUGUACAUUCUGAAAUAAACCGAAAGUAUG